CUUAAAUUAUUUUAAACUAAAAUUAUUUUAGAAACUUAGAAGAGUUUCCAAGAUCACAAUGGCAAGCAGUGCGGGAGCCAGAAAAAAACAAUUUCAAGUGCAUGAGGAAGACAACGCCGCCAACGCCAAUGCCAACGCCAAAAAGACUGUAAAGAAUAACAGACCGGCGUUAGCAGUUACAAACCAACCAGAAAACAGAAGGCACAGUCCCAGGAUCCUAGCCAGAUCAGGCACUUCAAAUAAAGAUAAGGAAAACCAAAUGACAAAAACAAUAAACAACCUAAAAAAAAAAAUUAUAAACCAUACAAACAAUACUCGGCUUAAAAAAAGCGAUAGAAGACCUCAAAAACCAAAGAUAUAGUGUCGCAGAGGCGUCAGAAAAAUAUUCGGUGCCUGUUAAUACCCUUUAUAGACACCUUAAAAAGUCGGCAACUUGAUAAAAAAAUAGAAAAAAUUUUCUUUCGAUUAUAUAAUGACGUUAAACAAUCAAAUCCUCCAAAAAAUAUAUUAAACAUUCGGCAGAAGCAAGCAACGAAAAUAGACCAAGGCAGAGUCCUAGGUUGAGAUCGAGAAAACCACCCGAAACUUCAGACAAGGAUAAGGAUAAGGAAAACCAAAUUCCAAAACCAACAAACAACCCGGAGAAAAAAUAUAGAACAUAUAAACGAUACUCAGAGGAGGACCAAAAAAAAGCGAUAGAAGAUGUAAACAAUGAAGUAUAUACAGUCGCAGAGGCGUCGAAAAAGCAUUCAUUGCCUAUUAAUACUAUCUACACCUUAAAAAGUCGGCGACUUAAUAGAAAAAAUUUUAUAUGUUAUAUUUUAAUCAUAUAAUUUUAAUUAUAAAGUAGGUC